CCAGAAGUGCUUUGUCCACCUGAGAUAUUGGUGAUCAAACAUUCCGGCAGGUCAUCUAAUCCUAAACUCACUUAAAUUAAUUUCUAUGGUAAAUGACAGCGAAAAGCUAAAGCGUAUUGACAUCCAUGUAGUUGUGGUACAAGAUGAAAAACGCAGACGAAGAAAGAAGACGAAUUGGCCGUGAGAGAAAAAUAAUUGGUAGUUCAACAAAAUGAACAAAAUGAAUGAAAGAGGCAGAAAAUAGUGCAAACAGAUUCAUGUAACUUAACAAAAUGUAAGGCAAACACAUUGUUUGGAAAAUAAACAAUACAAAAUUGCUUUUAAGUCUAUUGAUAAGUUUAGAUAAGUUGAUUCGAAUAUAUAUAAAAAUCAAAUGGAGCAUGAAAACCCAGUGACAAAAAAAACACGCAUCUAAGUGGAAAAAAAACAUAUUGAGCGCGAGGAAGAGAGAAAACAAAUGUCGUCUUAGGGCAAAAACUAUAUAUGGCAAUGAUACCUAGAAAUUGAUUAGUUCAACCGAGGUACAAAUAAUAGUGGACACGAGAAAAUAAUCAAUAAUUUACCGAUGAAAACCGAUGAUAAAUCGUACAAUUCCUGUAAAUAAUCUAAAAAAUUGAAGCAACAAAUCACUUGAUUUUUAUUGUUCCUUUCCCAUCACUUUCAAAGUUCUCUGCUCACUUUAGGUGGUACAAAAAAAAAUGAAGUAAAACUACAAAAUAUUAGACACAAAUUUAUCGCCAGUAAACAAAAAUACGGCUUUCUUACCAUUUUCGGCUAGACGUGGAAUUUCCACUCGGAAUACUUCAUUCGACACUAGUUCAAAUGCUAAAUUAGCAUUGCUAAUUUACAUCAAUUGCCAUUCUUGAACUGGAAUUUGAAUAUACAUUCAAAUAGAAAAUAAAAUCGAAUCGAGUGCGAGGAAUUUUUCCAAUCGAAAAUCAAGCAAUCGUUCUAAUUUCAAAAUUAUCGAUUAACGCGUAGAAAUAAUAUUAAAUGUAAUCGAAUCUAGAAAACAAAAUCACACACAAUUGUUGAUCCGAGCGUCGAAUUAAGACGUGGACAAUUAAGACACUUCACAUGGGAGAGAAAAUUUUAUUGCUUGCAAUUAAAUAGAAGAUCGAAGUGGAAACUGCGUGUGUGGUAUAGACAGAAUUUCGGCAGAAAAUAUUGAUCAAAAUGAAUUUAAAAAAAAAAUUGAACUUACUGAAAUGAAGGAAUACAUCCAAAAAACGGUUAAAUUUUCAAAAAGAAAUGACAAAAGUUUUGCAUAAAAACGUGGAAUUUUUCUUAACGGCAACCAUAAAAACCAUAAACAUUGUGAAGCCAACAAGAGUAAGAACAACACAAGAAAAAAAAAACUAAUCGCAAAUAUUUUGAGAAAUUUUGAGAAUGAAAACUAAGCAAAAAAAAAAACGGAGGAAUCAAGGAGAAAUUGAUUGUUUACAUAAUAUUUAGAUCUAGCUAAUAAAUACACAAUGAUAAAACUAUGCAAAUUUUAAUUAAUAUUUAAAUAAUAAUUUUACCUGUACAUUUAUAUAACAGACGUAAAAAAGAGAGACGAAGAAAGAAGAAAAUGAGUGAAAAUUGCGGUAGGAAUCACAAAAUGCAAAUAUAGAAAUAGCAUGAGCAUGAAAACAAAGUAGCGCAAAGAAAAAAAAAGCAUUAGGCAUGAAUGAAGAGGAAAACACUAAUAGAACACCCGGCUAAAAAAGAUGGAGAAGACAGACAGUUCAUAAACAGAACUUGUAUCUCGUGCUCUUUUUUUUUUUCUAAGAAAAACAUUAUGUUUAGGUAAAAUAAAUGUAAGCAUUCAUGACAGAUUUUAAUAGAAAUCAUGAAAAAUGAAGAAGUAGAAGAAGAAAAAAUGAUGAAACUCAAACAGUAGUUAAUGGCUAAUCAUCAACCCGCGCCCAUUAUUUUCUCUCGUAUAUUCCCCCUGUGUAAUAAUGUUGUAAAAUUUUGAUUGUUUAAAAAAAAAUUCUUUUCUGUGCCAAAUACUCAAAAUGGGAAAAAUCGAUUGAUGCGCAACCGGCUGAAGCGAGCGCAAUCACAUAGAAAACGCCUCGCUGGUCCUUUAAAUCCAAUCUGGAGGGGCCAAUUGUAUGUAGCAAGCCGCAUAGCACCACGACUUUCCGAACUGUACUGUAGCAAUUUAUUCUAGAUAUUUUAUUUUUUAUGAGCUGUCACAUUUUCUUUUAGUCUAAUUACAAUAAUUGUCUGCGCAAUUUUUUUUGUUUUGUUUGAUUUGCAUCGUGCAUGCAUAUACAAACUGAUUUGAAUGGAUUUCAUUUGUUUAAGGAAUUCUAGUGAAUGCCAUAAUUUUUUUUUUAUUGACUUUCUUAAUUUCAGAGAAAAGAGGAUGAUUUGGCGAAUGAUAACAGAAAAAAUAUACGAAGAAAGAAAGAGAAAAAAAAAAAUAUGAAUGUGAAUGAUGAACCAUAGGCCGUGCAUCAUUUUUUGUUUUAGCACUCAGAAUGCUAACGCCAACAAAGUCCAGAAACAAAAUAGAAACAAAAAAGUGAAAUAAAACGUGCAAUUUUUCUAAUCGUUCAUUGCCAUUAAUUCUUUUGUGACACUGAUUCGGGGGUGUUCGAAUGAGAUUUGGAUUAGCAUUAUGUGCCAUUUUUUUUUUCAAAGGUGUAAUUGUCUUUACUAAAGUGCUACCAUUUUUUUUUAAACAAAUGAAAAUGAUUCGAUUUUUACAGUAAAAUUUUUUUUACUUAGCUCUCUCUGUUGAAAAUUUUACUUCAAAUAAUCCAUACACUUAGUUUUUGAAAAAAAGAUACACUUGAUUUUAAAGAACUCUGUGACAUAAUAUCAUAACUCAGUUUGAAAUAACACACAUAGAAAUGGAGUUGUGCAAGAAAAGACUUGAAUUUGAUUGAGAAUUCACAUUUUAACAAUGUUAAUCAUUGCUAAGAAUGAUGUUGAUGAGAUAAUGAAGAAAGAAACUAGGAAAAAAACGCAUACUCAAAAUGGAAAACAUUGAAUUUUCUCUCUUGUUUAUUUUCAAAAGAAACCAAUCUGUAUAAAAAUUUACACUCAAUUUCUUUUGUGCACCCCUUACUCGGCCAAUCAUCAUACACGGCACACGUCCGUUGCGAUCCAUUACCAAAUAUUGAUCUUCCCUUAUACAAAAUAAGUACUCAAUCUUGUAGGAAUUUUUUUCUUUUUAAAUUAAUUCAUUUUUUUUUGCAUAUUGAAUGACUACCCAUUGAAAAUGAAAAAAAAAAACAAAAACAACGGCGGGCACUUGUUGCUCAGUGCGCGCAAUGUACAUGUGAAGAGAGUGUAUGAAAACAAAAUAAAUUAAAUGAGAUUUAGUGUUUAUCUUUAGAUAACUACAACAAGAACAACAACAAAAAAAAACAUAAAUUAGAUUGAGUGAUUUUAACUAUUACAUGGAGUAGAUGUCAAAUGUGAACAAUUAAGCUAUAACUUAGAACAAAAAAAAAACGAAAGAAGAAAAAGAGAGUAAACAAGAAAAAAAAAUAGAAUUGAUUCAUGAAAAAAAAAAAUGUAUUCCCUUUACUCAUAAUCUACGAAUAUGUCUCUAUUUCUGAUCAUAACAAUGCGAAGACAAAUGCCGUUGACCUAUUGCAACGCGCGUUGCCCAAACAUUAUUAUGACCGAAAAUAGCAACUCAACACUCACAAAUAAGAGCACACACACACAACAAAAUUCUACUUAUAUAAAUAAUGUAAUGGUGAAGUAAAUACUUGUAAUUAUUACAUAUAUAAAUAAACAAAAAGUAACCAUUUAUAUAUCUUAAUUAAAUGCGCGAGUAUCACAAAUAAAGCAAAAGCAACAAAACACAUCAGAAAUUUAAAAGAACAACAACCCUAAACACAACCAUUUUGAUUCUCAAACUACAUCGAUUUUUGUAGUUUAAUAUUUCACUUAUACAUCGCAUCAAAAAUGAAGCCAAAAAUGUAGAACCUGUAUGCGUGUAUCUUUGAAAAUAAAAAGAGUUUUUUUUUUCUCUCUCGCCAUUCUCAACAAACAAGAAAAUUGAAUGCAAUAUUUUGCCACCGAUUUUCUUACAAAAAAAAAAAAUCUUAAAAUUACUCUUUUUGCUAGAUUCCAACACUUCAAUAUACGAAACCACGGAAAGCUAACAUUUUUUUUGGUCAAAUUCAACCGAGGAACAACUCACUUUCUCUCUCUCACACACACACACACACACACAAGAAUUGAUACACACAUUUUAUUCAGAACAUUUUAUGAUACUGAUACACGCAAUCUCACAACAACCGAUAAAACAUCUCUUGCAAUUAUACAUGAGAUAUAACUAUUUACUAUGAAUAUUAAAUAUAAAAAAGUUUACAUGAAUAAAAUAUCUUUAAUCAAUAUUGAAAAAAUAAACGCAACGCAUUUUUUCAUUGCCCUUCUCUCCGUCGAUUUGGAUGGGAGCUUUGGGAGGUUUUUGUAAAAGAGAUAUUCUAACUGAUAAUCAUUCUUUGCAGCAUUGAACAGGUUCAAGUACUGAGUACGUAAGUAAGUAAGUAAGAUGUAAGUAAGUGGCGGUGAAAAAUUGAAUGGCAUCUCCACUCACAUGCCAAUUGAUUCUAGGUUUGGCCAAAGUCGAUGAAAACUUUAUUUCUGACAUGGCUUGAACACAGAUUUCUAAUUUUUUCUUCUUCGAAAUACUUCUGUCGCUUAUUUAAUUGAUCAAAUUCAGAAUUUUAAUUUUGAUUUUCUUUUUCAAUGUCCUGAUUAUACCACUUCGUCUCAAAUUUUACGUCAUCUCAACUUCUCUCAUGAAGAUAUUUUCAUUCAUAUUUCAACAGAAAAAAAUAUUUCUCCCAUUGAAAUGUACUGUUUUUUCAGAAGAAAUCCUCCCUACAUUGUCUCGCUAUAUUCUGAUGAAUUUCAAUUGAGCAACAAAUAUCGAUAUUGUAUCACCGGCCGAUAGAUGGCGUUCAAUUUUCGAAAACAAAUUCGAAGAUGUAACCACAACAAGCCGAUUAGCGACAGGCAGAGAGUUCAUUUAGUCGAAAUGUCUUUGGGCUAUUGUUGUAUAUACACUUGCAAAGCCCGAGAUACAGUAUACGAAUGUAUAAUUGAAUGCAACGCGACUAAAUCGUACCACAAACACAAAAGAUGAUUAUAUGAAGGAAGAGAACCGACAAACGCCGCAGAUCGUAUUUUCGUGAAUCUGGUUUUUGUUCCAUUGUUCUUCAACUGUGAAACGAACUUUGACCAUUGCGUGAUGGUUUCACCAAAGAAGCGAAAAUUGGUCGAGCGAGAGAAAGAGAGAAGGUGUCAAUGAAACAUUGACAGAAGGACGUAUGGCGAUAACGAAAAACUCGAGAAAAAAAUAUUUUGUCUGUGAAACAAUGCAGGAAAUGGGCUUAAAAGCAAAUAAAAGCACAUCGACCACAGCGAUGAUUGAUACUACUUCUCUCUAUAUAACAUAUAACACUUGUCCCUCGUCUGAUGCUAUUUUCAGGACGAAGGUGGUAAAAUUUUUGUUGUGUGUAUACGAAGAAAUACGAAUAGUUUGCAUCUGACGUCGAAAUGAUGGCUGCACAAAAAUCGUGUACGCAGCACACAGUGUGAAUUAAAUUCGUGUGUACACGGCCGUGUGUGAUCACAAUGUCAUCAGCUGAUAUUCACGUAACAACGACUGUCACCAUCGUCGCAUCGUACCUGUCAUCAUUGAAAUUUUGAACAUAUCUAUGUGAACGCGAGAUAUACACAGAGAGACACAGUGUUUUUAUUGUGGCAUUCAUUUGACUCGUUUGAUUCAUUUGAUAUUCACCAGUUUUUUGUUUCGGAUGAUUUCUUUUUUUUUUGCAAAGGGGACACGGAACCAAUUCGAAAAUAAUAUCAAAAACACUCAAAAGUGAGUGUGAGUGAAAACGCCAAUUUAUUUGCUAAUUUAAUCGCGUAUUUCAGAAUGCAAUUUAUCCAUUCGUCAUACACCAUGUUUUGAACAUGUAUUUUAAUCGUUAUUUAACGCUCAGGGGAAAGUGACGAGAUCAUUGAACGAAACAAGAAAAAAAAAAAGAAUCGUGUUUACAAGUGAUAUAGUAAAUAAACUGGAGAAGCGUAAAGCAAAUGCAUACAAUGACUUGUGGAGUGAAAGAAAUUGACUUUUGGGCUAAAAUCAACCGACGAUUACUGGUUUUGGUCAAGGAACAUCACACGAGAUACACAUCAUUUACGCGAAAUUACUCAUCGACUUCCGAUAAUGACACUUCAAAUACGGGCGAACCGAACGCACCAACAGCAACAAAGAAAAACAAGGUCAAAGAUGACGAAAUCAAAAAGUCCGUAUUCAUCUCACAGUCACACGAUAUUUUCACAAAUUUGGCGCUUGAAGACUGGCUGUAUCGCAAUUUCGACUUCACAAAGCAUCAUGUCCUCAUGCUAUGGUCAAAUGAUCCAUGUGUCGUUGUUGGACGCCAUCAAAAUCCAUUUUCCGAAGCAAAUGUGAGUAAACUACGGAACCAUGGCAUUGAGUUGGCGCGACGGAAUAGCGGCGGUGGAACGGUGUACCAUGAUCGAGGGAAUAUCAAUUUAACAUUUUUCACGCCACGCGAACGCUACAAUCGCAACUACAAUUUGAAUAUUAUAACUCGAGCAUUGUUUCGUGAAUGGGAGAUAAAGGCAGAUAUAUCACCGCGCGACGAUAUCACAUUGCAUGGCAAUAAAAUAUCGGGCACUGCGGCCAAAUUAGGCCAGAAAAAUGCCUAUCACCAUUGCACGCUAUUGGUGAAUACGGAUAAAACGAGACUGAAAGAUGCUCUGAUCAAAGAGGAUGUGCAGAUUGUCAGUCGAGCGACGGCAUCAGUGCGGUCGCCAGUAAAGAAUCUCAUCGAUGUAAAUCGUCAUGUAAAUGUGGCUCAGCUAAAAACGGCUAUUGGCUAUGAAUUUCUACGAACAGCAGCAACGAGUCUAGACGAUGGUGGUCGUGAUUUGAUGAUGACACAAAGAGGUUUCCAACUGAUUAAUCCAACGGAAAAUUGGUAUCCUGGUUUAAAUGAAAUCCACGAUCAAUACACAUCAUGGGAAUGGCGUUUUGGUAAAACGCCUAAAUUUUCCGUACUCAAAACCAUUCGACUCAAAUGCGAUGGCAAAGAACAAGAUGUACAGCUAAAGGUUACAGUUGAAGGUGGCAUUAUUGUUGAUAUCGUACUUGUGCUACCGAAUUGUGAAACAACCAUUCCCGUUAUUUCAACGUUUUGUGGAAAACCAUAUGAUGAAGAGCAUCUACUUAAUAUUACGAACGCAACGAAAGGCAUUAGUCUGGAUAAUUUCAUCAAUGCCAUCGAUCAUAGCCUUUAAAAUUGUUUAUUGUUUUCAUUUUUGUAAACGAUAUAUCGUAACUAUAGUUAUAUUUAUAGAGAAUAACUUCCCCAGAAAAAAAAGAUGAAAAAAUUAGCUAAAGAAUAAAAAAGAAAUAUUUUUCCUAAAAAAGAAUAAAAAAGAAAUGAAAAAACGCAUUUUUUUAAAAUAAA